AUGGACUCUCUUUUCUCUCAUAACGUCGCUAUCGAUCCGGGAGCUCUGGCAAUAGAUGAUGGAGGACAUCAAUGGUCGUAUUCAGACCUCGACCGUGAAGUCCAGCGUAUCGCAUCCCUUCUGAAGACCCUGGACCUACCUCCAGAGGAGCCCAUUUGUAUCUUGCAGGGUGCAGGCAGUGAGACCAUCAUUGCCCAGCUCGCCGUCAUCCGGGCGGGCUUGACAUGCGUUCCCCUCGAGCCUUCGAUUCCAACUAGUCGCUUGAUGAACCUCCUGAAAGAUGUCGGAACACAGUACAUUCUAUCUAACCAUACUUUGGACAUUGACAAUGAUAUGGUCAUUAUCCCCAUUAGUGGCGAAUACCACCCACUUACGAAAGCAGUCCGACCGGAGACAGCCAGUGUUAAGCGUGUGCAACUGAAAGGUCUGCCCAACUGUGAUUAUCGAAGUCAUAUCCUGUAUACAUCAGGGUCCAGUGGAAAGCCAAAAGCUGUUCAGAUUCCAGAGAGUGGCAUCCUCCACCUUAUGUUCAAAAGUCCUGCCACGCCGCUUCUGCCAUCGGACCGUGUGAGCCUAUUUAACAAUCCGGGCUUCGAUAUGUCAGUUUUUGAAAUAUUCGUCGCUCUAAUGUCAGGCUCCACGCUGGUCACAGUGCCCCGGCCGGUGAUCACGGAUCCGUUGGAAGCUAAGAGUUUCAUCACGCAGAAAAAUAUCUCUGUCUUUUUCCUAACUACUUCACUCUUCUCAAUAAUUGCACAAGCAUGUCCCAGUGCGUUUACUGGUUUGAGACAUGUCCUCAUUGCUGGUGAAAUAGCCAAUAUGACCAGCAUGAAGGCUGUCCUUGAAUCGCCUAAUCCACCUCAACAUCUGUGGAAUGCAUAUGGCCCCACUGAAACGACGAUCGUGUCAACAAUGCAUUCAGUUACGGCAGAUGAUUUGCGCUACGACAGCAUCAGCAUCGGUACGCCAUUCGGCGAUACAAGGCUUUUCCUUGCUGAUGAAAACCUCAAUAUCAUAACCGAGCAGGGAAGCAUCGGCGAGAUACUCCUGGGCGGACCUGGACUGACAGCAGGAUAUAUCGGACGCCCUAAAGAAAAUGAGGACAGAUUUUUCGUCGAUAAAGCAGGGUACCGACUCUACCGAACCGGUGACUUUGCCAAGUGGCGUCCCGACGAUCCAACUUUGCUCGAGUUCAUCGGUCGUGUAGACCUGCAGGUUAAGCAGUGCGGUUUUCGCGUCGAACUUGGCGAGAUCGAGCAGUCAUUCCUUGGUAGUAACCGGCUACUAGCCGCGACGGUGUGUCAAAUUCAGCCAGAAACUGCCGAAGAUGAACCCUUUCUCGUUGCAUUUCUCAUUCCGGCUGUUGCUAGUACUUUUCAAGCUACAGACAUGCUGGAGUUCAUUAAGCAAAAGGCACCAGUUUACGCUGUGCCGCGGGAUAUUGUCUUCUGUCCACACUACCCCCUAACAGACCAUGGCAAGGUUGAUCGCAAGGCAUUAGCGAGGCAGUAUGCCAGUCACUGUACCAAGAUUCAGGAAAUUCUACCAACGAUUGAAGACCCAUCCACCACAACCAACAUCCUCCGAAAUAUCUGGACCUCCGUUCUCGGCCAACAGCUAAUCAACGACGAAGACAAUUUCUUCUCCACUCUUCGAGGAUCGUCCCUUCAAGCGGCUGCUAUGAUCUCCAGAACCAGGAGGCAAUUCGGAAACACCGUCUCCAUGCGCACAUUGUACGAAAAUCCCCGACUAACGGACCUAGCCAACCGCAUCGACAACUCCAUUCAGGACAACAACCCCAACGACCUCGACCGCUGGAUGACAGACGCCCACACAGCCGACGAUCUCUAUACCGUCCCCAACUGGCAAGCCGCCGGAGAAGGCCGCAUCUUUCUCACAGGCGCGACAGGGUUCGUAGGCGCCCACUUCCUUAGCCGCUGUCUCGCAAUGCCCACCGUCAAGGAAGUCGUCUGUCUAGUGCGAGGAAAAUUCGGCAUCUCAGCCAGCGAAAGGGUCCAAUCAGUCCUGGAACGCUACAACCUCUGGGACAAGACCUCACACUGCAUCCACAAACUCACCGUCCUUAACGGCGACAUCACCAUGAGACAUCUCGGUCUAACUGAGGACAUGUUCACCUGGCUGACCAACUGGGCCAGCGUGGUCUUCCACCUCGCCGCAAAAGUCAACUAUCUGGAACCAUAUGCCGCGCACUACGACGCUAAUGUCCUCGGAACCCGCCACGUCAUGCAAGUGGCUACCUCCGGUCGCCGCAAGGCGUUCAUGUACAUGUCUAGUAUUGACGUCUUCGGGCCAACCGGCCACGUCCUAGGCACGGAGAAGGUCCUCGAGGACGGUCCGCUGGAGCCGCAUCUCCAUGCACUGAAGUAUGAGCUCGGCUAUGCGGCUACGAAAUGGGUCUCGGAGAUGAUGGUUCGUCGGGCGCGCGAUCAGGGUCUGGCAGCUAUGAUUUUCCGCCCGGGGUUUAUUCUAGGCGAUUUCGAGCAGGGAUGUGGGAAUCCGGAUGAUUUCUUCGCUCGGUUCGUCAUGGGAUGUAUCCAGGUUGGUGCGUUUCCGCAUCUUCCUAAUCAGCGCAUGGAGUAUGUGUCUGCGGAUUAUGUGUGUGAUGCGGUGCUGCAUAUCGCUGCUAAUAAUGGCAAUCUCGGGAAGACGUACAACCUCGUUUCUCCUGAUGAGGCGGACUCGAUCGAUCUUGAAGAGACGUUCCGGAUUAUGAACCAGGCAGGGUAUCCGCUUGAACUUGUGGAAUACUGGGACUGGGUGUGUUUGCUACAGGAAAGGGGCGGUCCUGAUAACCCGUUGAUGCCGUUGAUGUCUCUGUUGCAGGAGACAGUGCAGGAUGGAUUGUCGUGGUUGGAGAUGCAUAAGAAUACGACGCGUUAUGAUUGUUCCAAUACGGUUGCGGCGUUGAGGGAUGCGCAGGGGAUCAGAUAUGUGCCGUUUGAUGUGGGGAUGUUGACCAGUUUGCUGGGUUUUUGGGCUCAAAAGGGAUUCUAUCGGGUGUGA